AUGAGCCGUGGUUCGCUCAACGAAGAACAGAUGUCUGCGGUGCAAGAGAUCGUCGCAAAGAGAGGUGCUCCGCCAUACAUCGUCUUCGGUCCACCAGGCACUGGCAAAACCGUGACGGUGGUCGAGGCCAUCUUGCAAGUCCGUCGCCACAACAAGGACGCUGUCAUCUUGGCCUGUGCUCCCUCCAACAAUGCCUCGGACCUCUUGCUCGAGCGCCUGGCCAAGUUCGUGGAAAACCGACACAUGCUCCGUCUCAAUGCUUUCACGCGCUCACUCGCCGACAUCCCUGACAAAGUGAAGGAAUUCUCCAAUGGUUUUGGUGCCGGUGAUGACAGCCAGUCUGCCGAUUGCCCGAGUCGAGAGAAGCUCAUGUCUUUCCAGGUCGUCGUCACGACAUGUCUCAGUGCCUCGAUGCUCCACUCUCGGGGUGUUCCCGCCGAUCACUUUUCUCACAUCUUUCUGGACGAAUCUGGCCAGGCAACCGAGCCCGAGGCGAUGGUGGCGGCCAUCAACUUUGCGGCCCCAAGCACCGUGCUUGUUCUUGCGGGGGAUCAUCAGCAGCUCGGCCCCGUGAUCCGGUCGUCGCUGGCGGACAAGUUCGGCCUCAGCAAGUCGUUCCUGGAGCGUCUCAUAUCCUCGCCGCCUUACACCCCUCCCUUCAAGAAGGAAAUGGUGACGAAGCUCGUGAGAAACUAUCGCUCGCAUCCCAGCAUCUUGGAUCUACCGUCAAGGCUCUUUUACCAGGGCGAACUGGUUCCUUGUGCUGGAGAGUUCUCUCGCUCCUUGUGCGAGUGGGACUGGCUUCCAAACAAGAAAUUCCCAGUCCUCUUCAUUGGCGUGGAAGGCAAAGACUCGCGGGAGGGCAAUAGUCCGUCGUGGUUCAAUCCAGAGGAAGUGAGCAAAGUGAUGGAGGUGGUGAGAAGCCUGAGGGAUAUGAGGAGGAACAAGCCCUUGCCAACGGAGAUCGGGAUCAUCACACCAUACCGCAAGCAGGUCCAGAAGAUCAAAGGCUCCUUAUCGAAAGAGAGGCUCGCAGAGAUCAAAGUUGGAAGCGUGGAGGAGUUCCAGGGCCAGGAGAAGCGUGCCAUUAUCGUGAGCACCGUCCGCUCGUCACUGGAGUUCCUGGGGCACGACAAGAAGUUCAACCUGGGCUUCUUGUUCAAUCCCAAGCGCUUCAAUGUGGCCAUCACUCGCCCGCAAGCGCUGCUCGUCGUCGUGGGCAACCCGGGCAUCCUCUCCAAGAACGAGCACUGGAACGAGUUCCUGCGCUAUUGCAUCCGGAAUGGAUCAUACACUGGCUGCCCGAUUCCAUCACCCGACGCCGCUGGCAAUAUUCCUGACUACCUGGAGACCAGCGACGAUGAAGCUAAGGACCAGCCAUGGCGCGAAGCAGUCUAGCGAGAGAUCCUCGGCCAUGAAAGACUCGGCAGCAAAUGCCUAGGCUGGUUAACUGCAGGAGGCCAUGUUUCCAUUAAGCUAGUGAUCGUUCUUUCUUAAUUUUGGCGAAGCUUGCCUUCUCAAAGAGAGGAAAU